GGCGUAUCAAUCAAUUUGUGCUCAGCGUAGGUGAAACAUCGUCUGGUUCAGCAAACUACCGAGAAUGUUACAGAGACCAAACACAAGGAGGCCCACGUAGCGAUGGUCCUGGUCCAACAAUCAAGGGGGAUUGUGGGAAUUACACUCCUCUGAGAGGAAACGUCGUCCAGAUUAAACAGACACGAAUGUAUCCAUUGAGCCUUUGUGAAGUGCUGAUAUACGUUUGCAGUGAAAAAUGGUAUGGAGAAGAAUGUGAUUAUGAAUGUGAAACCUCUUCAAACUGCUCACAUUGUGAUAGCAGUCAGCUGAGAUGUGAAGAAUGUAGGAAUGGCAAGUGGGGUGAGCACUGUUCUCAGAAAUGUUUUUGCCUGGGUGGAGCUCAGUGUGCCAAGACCGAUGGCAGAUGCCCUGAUAACAAAUGUGCGGCUGGAUAUAAAGGACCCUCCUGUAAUAUAAGUUGUGAUGGAGGAGAGUAUGGCCCUGACUGUGGGCAGAGAUGUGGAUACUGUGCUGAGGGAAGAACAGUCUGUGACAGGACAACAGGAGAAUGUCCGGAUAGGUCACCGAAUCCGAGAUGUCAGGCUGGAUACCAGGGAAGGAAGUGUGAUGAAAAAUGUGAUGAUGGCUACUAUGGCAGUAACUGUGCUGAAGAGUGUGGAAACUGUUUUGAUGGUACUGGAUCCUGUCAUCACACUGAUGGCAGCUGCCAGGGUUGUGCCGCUGGCUGGAAAGGAACUGUCUGUAAGACAAGCUGCAGCUCGUACAGAUGGGGCCCUGACUGGGUAUGUCCCACGGGGGAUCCCCGCUGUGCCACCGGACAUAUAGGACUUCGCUGUACACCAUGUGACCCUGGCACGUGGGGAAAUAACUGUGUACUUACCUGUAGUGAGAACUGUGUCAAGCUCACCUGUAACGUUACCACUGGUGUCUGUGAUGGAGGAUGUAAUUCUGGUUACACAGGGGGGCGCUGUGGGACAGGUAACAUAAUCAGGGUCACGAGGAAAUAA